ACCUCCGUGGAUGCUGCUAAGAGCACUUCUCUUGCCUUUGCUGUCCCUUGCUGGGAUCGGAUUCACACUACCCGGACCCUGUGUGCCUGUUUGUGUGUUCUGAGUGUCUUGACAUUUCGGUUUUCUUUACAAGAGCUGUGCAUUAAUUGUAACCAAGACCUGUGAAUGACCAUAGGCUUGGCUUGACCUUGAUUUUGAUGGCUUUGUUGGAAGAUCUGAUGAUGUGAUUGCAUGACAUGAGGUGAUUGCUCUCCAGCCUCCUUGGCUCAGCGUAUAAACCACUUCUGCCACACUGUCACUCAUGGACAAUUCAGAUUUUUCUUUUAAACAAUCCAACAAUCCUUUUGGCUAUUUUUAUUUUCUCACUUCUCCUUUCCCCCUUGUUUCUCCUUAAUGUUGGGAGCCUUAUUCUUCCCUCCCAUGUGAUUGAUAGUCCUGCUUCUCCACGGUGCCGAUUUCCAGUUUAAACUACAAUGGCUCUUAGUGGCAACUGCAGGACUUACCUUCCUGCUCGGGAGCAGGGCACGGGGCUGCACUCCUUCCCCGAGGUGGUGGAGCUCAACGUGGGCGGCCAGGUUUACUUCACUCGCCACUCCACCUUGGUUGGCACCCCCCACUCCCUGCUCUGGAAAAUGUUCACCCCAAAGAGAGACACAGCCAACGAUCUGGCCAAGGACUCCAAGGGAAGAUUCUUCAUCGACAGAGAUGGUUUCCUUUUCCGCUACAUUCUGGACUAUCUCAGGGACAAGCAAGUGGUUCUGCCCGACCACUUCCCAGAGAAGGGAAGGCUCAAGAGGGAGGCUGAGUACUUCCAGCUCCCGGACUUGGUCAAGCUCCUGACUCCCGACGACAGCAAGCAAAGCCCCGACGAUUAUUGCCACAGCGACUACGAAGAGGUGUCCCAGGGCAGUGACACCAGAAUCUGCGCGCCCUCGCUCCUGCCGCCGGACCGCAAGUGGGGAUUCAUCACCAUCGGCUACCGCGGCUCCUGCACUAUCGGCAGGGAGAGCCAAGCAGAUGCCAAAUUCAGGAGGGUCCCGAGGAUUUUGGUUUGUGGAAGGAUUUCUUUGGUCAAAGAGGUUUUUGGAGAAAGUUUGAAUGAAAGCAGAGACCCGGACAGGGCUCCAGAAAGGUACACCUCCAGGUUUUAUCUCAAGUUCAAGCACCUGGAGAGGGCUUUUGACAUGUUGUCCGAGUGUGGAUUCCACAUGGUGGCCUGUAACUCCUCGGUGACGGCUUCCUUCGUCAACCAGUACACAGACGACAAGGUCUGGUCCAGCUACACCGAAUACGUCUUCUACCGCGAGCCCUCCCGCUGGUCCCCGUCGCACUGCGAGUGCUGCUGCAAGAACGGCAAGGGCGCCAAGGAGGGCGAGAGCGGCACGUCCUGCAACGAGCUGUCCACGUCCAGCUGCGACAGCCAGUCGGAGGCCAGCUCUCCCCAGGAGACUGUCAUCUGCGGGCCCGUCACCCGGCAGCCCGCCUGCCACAUCCAGACCCUGGACCGCGCCAGGAAGGGGCCGGUGCAGCUGCUGCAGCACGCCGAGAGCCGCAGGAAGAGCGACCUGCUGCGGACCCUCACCGCCGGCUCCCGCGAGUCCAACGCCGGCAAGAAGAAGGCGGCCAAGGAGAAGCUCUCCGUGGAGGAGGAGCUGGAGAAAUGCAUCCAGGAUUUCCUCAAGAUCAAAAUCCCCGAGAGGUUUCCCGAGAGGAAGCACCCCUGGCAGUCGGAGCUGCUGCGGAAGUAUCACCUGUAGGUGUGCGGCGGGGAGAGCGCACCCGGCUCGGAUUCCCGACGGCAGCGAUGGGUGAGGUCACCAAAGCCAAACCCACCCCUAGUGCCGCCUCACUGCCUCUUUCACCUUAACGUUUCUAGGCGUAGGGAAGGGUGUUUUUGCAGUCCUGGAAGCACAAUGACAAAAGCUUUUGUUUGUAAACUUGGAGUCUUACACAAGCUGAAAACCUUAAGGGCACGGCCAGGCCCAGCCGAGGGACGUUUGUGUGGCCCCGGAGCAGGCAGGGGGGAUGGGGAUGGGGAGGGUCUGUGCCCUGCAUCCUGCUGGGAGGAGCACAGCACAAAGCCCCAGAGUUUAAGCAUGUGUAUUUAUAUAUGUGCAUAUAUAUAUGUGUGUAUAUAUAUCUCUGUGUAUAUAUAUAUAUGUGUAUAUAUAUCAAUAUAUAUUGCUUAAAGAUUUUCUGGCUCUCUCCUUGUAACUGCACUUUCUCAGAAAAGAGCAUUUUUUUAGUCUGUGGGUGUCCCGUUCCUUCUCCAGGCCUUUGAGGGCUGGGCAGUAGAAAUCCCUCUCCCUGUCCCUCUCCUGCUCCCCCUGCCAGCCCUUCCCCUCCCUGGGGCACUGUCAGCGUGCCCCAGUGGGGACCAGGCUGCCCCUGUGGCUUUGUGUGAGCAUCAGGAAAUUCUGUUUUUCUGGGGUGCUCCUGUCCCCCCGUGCCCCACAGCUCUGCUCGCCCAGGCUGUGUGUCUGUGGAUGAAGGGGUGCUGCUCCCCAGAGCUGCAGGAUGGCUCUGGGCUCGCGGGGGUGCUGGCAGGAUGCUGCAGCUGCCAGGUGUGUGCCAGGAGUGGUGGGCACCGUGCCCCCUCUGCCCCAGAAACCACCCCAGCCCACCUGGGGCUGUGCUGUGAGGAGCAGGGCUGUGCCAGGGUCACUCUGGGGUCACUGGGAUUGCAGCUGGGGUCACUGUGGGGUCACUGUGGGGUCACUCUGGGUCACUCUAGGGUUACCCUGGUGUCACUUGGGUCACUCUGGGGUCACUCUGGUGUCCCUCUGGUGUCACUCUAGGGUCAUUCUGGUGUCCCUCUGGGGUCACUCUGGUGUCACUUGGGUCACUCUGGGGUCACUCUGGGGUCACCCUGGUGUCACUCUGGGGUCCCUCUGGGGUCCCUCUGGGGUCACCCUCUGGUGUCACUCUGGUGUCACUCUGGUGUCAUUCUGAGGUCACUCUGGUGUCACUCUGGGGUCACUCUGGGGUCACUGUGCAGUGCUGUGGGUGCAGGAGGGGCUGUCCCUGGCAGGGCUGUCCCUGGCAGAGCUGUCCCUGGCAGGGCUGUCCCUGGCAGGGCUGUCCCCUCUGUCGGUGCCACAGGAGAGGCUCUGCCUGGGAAAGGCUCAGUGAACUCACUCAGCACUGCUGGGAUGGUGCUUUAGAGCCAGCUCAGGGCUCAGGACAGUCCCUCCCACUGGAAUUCUUGUGCCACCCUCUACCCCAGGCUCAAAAGGCCACAGAAAUCAAUGUUCUGUACCAGCUCCACAGAUUUGGCCCUGCUUAGUUAUUUCAUGGUUAUUUUAUUGCAUUUUUCUCUCCCUACUCAACAUUUCCUGCAAUUGGGGUUGCUGCUCCCUUGCUCUGGCACCAAGCAAGAGCUGGGAACAGAUACCUGGGUUUCCAGCAGGCCCAGGGUUCACACAGGGCACUUUGCUCCUUGGCAGGAGCUGCAGCUAAAGCCUCGUGCUUUCCCCCAGAUCCUCCCCUGCCUCUGUCACCAUCCCAGCCCCUUGGGCUGUGAGCUGUGUGUGCAGAGGAGCAGCACAGUGUGUGAGAGUGUGUGUGUCUGUCUGUGUGUGUGUGUGUCUGUGUGUGUGUGUGUGUGUGUGUCUGUGUGUCAGUCUGUGUGUGUCUGUGUGUGUCAGUCUGUGUGUCAGUCUGUGUGUCAGUCUGUGUGUCAGUCUGUGUGUGUGUGUGUGUGUGUGUGUGUCUGUCUGUGUGUGUGUGUGUGUGUGUGUGUGUGUCUGUGUGUGUGUCUGUGUGUGUGUGUGUCUGUGUGUCUGUGUGUCUGUCUGUCUGUGUGUGUCUGUGUCUGUGUGUGUGUGUGUGUGUGUCUGUGUGUCAGUCUGUGUGUCUGUGUGUGUGUGUGUCUGUCUGUCUGUGUGUCAGUCUGUGUGUGUGUGUGUCUGUGUCUGUCUGUGUGUCAGUCUGUGUGUCUGUCUGUCUGUGUGUCAGUCUGUGUGUGUGUCUGUGUGUCAGUCUGUGUGUCAGUCUGUGUGUCUGUCUGUCUGUGUGUCAGUCUGUGUGUCUGUCUGUGUGUCUGUCUGUGUGUCUGUGUGUCCGUGUGUCAGUCUGUGUGUGUGUGCUCCCAGGCAUUGCCAGGAUUGCUCCAUCAUUAAUAACUGGGCACACAUUACACCACAUGGACACAUUGCUGUACGUGGCCUUCAUGUCUCCAGCCUGAGAUGGAAUGGUUGUUACUGUCCAGUGCUACAGAAAAAAAAGUCUGAAAGUUCAGUGAUGGCAGGCAGGCCCAGGCUGCUGGGCAGUGUCUGUGUGUGUCUGGUGGCUCCUGGGGCUCAGGGCAGCUGUCCUGGCAGUGCUCUGUGCUGGGCUGGGCUGUGCUGAGCUGCUCGGGGGGCUGGGGCUCUCCCAGGGGUCAGCAGCCCUGCCCAGAGCUGCCCCUCUCUCCUCCUCUCUCUGCAGCCUUGGGGCCCCUCCCUGGGACAGGGCAGGGACAGGGCAGGGACAGGGCAGGGACAGGGCAGGGGGGGCUGAGACGCUGCCCAUGGCAGCCCCAGCGCUCAGGUGUGGGGCAGGAAGGAGCAGGAAACCUGCAGCACCUGCACAGUGCAGGAGAGUCACCUCCCAGCUGAGCCCUGGAGAUCCCUCCAGCUCCAGUGCCAUGAGAGAGGUGCAGAGCUGCAGGGGGACCCUGCACCGGGGGGACAGACUCACCUGGGGGACAGACAGGGGGACACACUCACCUGGACAGACUCACCUGGGGGACAGACUCACCUGGGGGACAGACAGGGGGACACACUCACCUGGGGGACAGACAGGGGGACAGACUCACCUGGGGGACAGACUCACUGGGGGACAGACAGGGGGACAGACUCACUGGGGGACAGACUCACCUGUUCAGACUCACCUGGACAGACUCACCUGGGGGACAGACAGGGGCUGUCCCUGUCCCAGGGCAGGACACCCUGCAGAGCCAGGGCCACCUGGGCAGGGGGACGUGGCCAGGGCUGGGCAGAAAGGAAAGUGCAAUGGAAUUGUCUGGGACACACCUGGGCAGGGGCUGGAAAACACAUUCUGCUCCAAUUCCACUUGGUUUCCAUGAGAGAACUCUCGUGUCUCCCUCCCCAGGACAGGUUUUGUAGCAAGCCAAAAUUAAACUCCACUCAUGGAGUUCUUUAUUCCUUCUGAAAUGUCUGAAAACUGGACUUUGAGCCACUUCCCACCACCAAGAGCAGGUUGUGUUCCAAUUAAUUUGGAAGCUGCCUUGGCUGCAGUGGGGCUGAACUCAGAACUCCCAGCUCAACCCCCCGAGCCAGCUGAGCAGGACUCAGAGCUCUGGGGACACAAAUGUCAUUCCCGUGGGGACAAGGUUUGGGUCUGUCCCCAAACCUCCUGCACACACAGCACAGGGGGAGUGAUUUGGGGCUCAGCUGGGUGUCCAUUCAUGAAUUCCAUCUGAGCUGUGGGCUGAAGGAGAGCACAGGGCUGGGUUCAUCGGCCAUGGCCACCACCUGCCCCAGCCCCCCAGCACAACUUGACUUUAUGCACAAGGCCCCAUGUGUAUCAUGGUACAAAAUAAUUGUCCAGUCUUAUGGAUAGUUUAUACCCCAAGGGGGUUUUGUAGAUUAAUAGUAAAAGAAUUAAAAAAAAAAAAAAAAAAAAAAAAAGGAAAAAAAAGAAAAAAGCACUUUUAAAUUAUUUAUAUUAUAAAAAGACAUUCUUUAUUUUUCUUGGCGUUGAUGUCACUUAGCUAAAAAAUCGGUUUCUAAAUAGGAUCUUGCAGAUUUUAAACUAUAGCAAUGCCGAAGCAAACACGACUCCAGAGCUGCGCAGAGCAAGGGAGCGAGGUGAGCAGGAGGGUGGGGCUGCAGGCGAGGGAUGUCCCUGCUGUCCCCUCCGGCUGUGCCGGUGAAUACCCGCAGCCCCGGCUCACAGGGCUCUGCCCCCCUCCCCUCCACACCUCGCUCAGCUCUGAGUGGCUUUGCUGGGGCUGAGUCAGCCCGUUGCACUCUGCUGUGGAUGAGGUGGCGCCCACUCAAUUACCUCUCGACUUUCCAACGUGGUUCACUUGUACAUAAGUGUAAUGUCAAACUGUUUACAGGUUCUUCUGUGCGUAAUCGUGGAGAAAUAAAAAAUAAAAAUAAUUAAAAAAAAAAGUUUUAAUUACGAAUUUAAAGGAAUCGAUUUUACCGGAAGGUGUUUAAAAAAAUGAAUGUGCUUACUACAGUAUAGACAUCCUUGCUAAUGGUCUCACCUGAAUGCAUGUAUCGUGUCGUCAGUCCCACCAGUGAGGUCCUUGGCAAUAUUCUGCAGUCUGUGAAUAGCAAAUAUGCAUCAACUACUGUGACUCUGACAAAUAUAACUCGG